UGUGUGCCUAUUCUUUCAAUGUAACUAAUAGUCUGUACUAUAACCAAUUAAUUCAACGAGGGGAUAAAUAAAUUGAAUAGUAAGUCACAAGUUAUUUGCUCCUUUCACUUGUGACUUCCAUUGUUCUUUAACACUUGGGAGAGAGGCAGAAAUAUAAGGAACAUGCAUCAUCAAGCAAUGAAAAGCAACCUUGUUGAUUUAGGCACAGAGAGAAAAAGGGUUGGAUCACAACCCCUUUGUCCAAAGCCUAGAAAGCUUUCACCUUCAAUACCUGAAUUCCUCAAGCCAAUUAGGUGUACCAAACACAGUCAACCAAAUAAUAUUAAUGGUGGAAGUGGAGUUCUCAGUAUGAUCACAGAAAAGAAUGCAGAUGGAAGAGAAUUCCUAUGUAAUGGGUGUUUACCUUGUUAUUCUGGCUCUCCGCCACGUCGAACAGAGAACCCGUUGGUCCAUGAUGUGGAAUUUCUUCAUCAGGUAGAAGUUGUUUCACCAUUGGCACGAACCAAACUAUCAGAUAAAUUUGGUUUCACAUCUGCUUCUCCCAUGUGAACCAGAAAAUUGGAAAAGAAAGUAGCAUUAUCCCAGGAAAGAGUUUACACAAAUUCUCCUAGUGUAGAAGUAACAUUAUUUAAGGGGUUGUUGUAGAAGAAGAUGAGUCACAUGUCCUUAAUGCUUAAUAUGUAAAUAAGUAAUGUGAGUGAUCAUCAUAGACUCAGAGUGUGGUUAUGUAUAUAACAAAUUUUGUUGUGUAUGCCAAUAUGGCAAUAUGGUGAAUUGGUUAUAUAUUCAGGACUAUUUAGGUAGAUUAAAUUAGGAUUUAAUUACUUUG